AUGCCAAGAAUUGCUACUAGACGUACAAAGAUGGCUCCUGAAGGGUUUGCUAAGAUUGAACCCACGUUACAAGACUUCGAAAAGCGAUUGCAAGAUAUUCAAAGUACUGGAGACUCAAAAGUCGGGGUCAAGGGGUCCGAAAAUCUGUGGAAGAUAAUGCAGGUCCACCACGAGCGCUCGCGAUACGUAUACAUGCUGUUCUACAAACGUAAGCUGAUCUCUAGAGAGUUGUACCUGUGGCUGUUAAGGGAGAAAUAUGCCGACAAACAAUUAAUUGCUAAAUGGAGGAAAAAGGGUUAUGAGAAACUUUGCUGUCUUCGUUGCAUUCAAUCAGGAGAAUCCAACAACGGCACCACUUGCAUCUGCCGUGUACCACGGGCACAAUUGGAGCGCGACGCAGAAAAGAAAGGAAUGGAAGUAACUUUCAAACAGUGCAUCCAUUGUGGUUGUAAUGGGUGUGCUAGUACCGACUAA